AUGUCCCUCUCGCCAAUCCAACUUUGCUUCGAGGGCUCUCAAACUUUUUCUGCGCGGAUGCAGGGCAUUCGUGGUGUCAAUGGCCCUUUUGCGCCCCUGCCAACCGCCGAACAUGUUCUUACCAUUGCAACAAACUCUGUGUUUAUCAACAACUACACGGUCGACAAUAGGACAGUGGUGAAGCUUGACGAGGCGAAACAAUGGGGACUCGUGGAGGAUUCGCGGCUCGUAUUUGCGCGCGCAAGGGCGUCAAAUGGUCAGCGGUUCUGCCUAAGGUUUAUCUUCCAUGCGGACCGCGUGGCGCGCAAGGGGGAUCCAACGGGGAAUAUGCGGUUCAUUCAGGCGCUCAUCGAUGACACCAAGUUCUACGUGAAGAAUCUUCGGAUGGUGGCGGGGGUGCUGGUGCCACAAAACUACGGGAUGUGGGUGAUGGAAACGGGCGACUGGGCGGGGAAAGUGCUGUUCAGCCUCACGGAGUGGUGCGGGACUCCCUGGAAGACUUUAAUGGGGACCAAACUCGAUACUAAAGCGAACCGACAACUCAUCGCACGAACUUUCGAGAUGUUCCACGACCUUGGCGUCAAAAUUAAUGGCAAAUGCAAAAUGGGGAACAUCACUGGCUUCACACAUGUCCUCCUUGACCUCGACGACCCCAACCUCACACACGAAAUGGCAGCAUCCGGCCAGGCUCGCUGUUUUAUCGUUGACUUCGCACGUGCAAAGCGACACAAAUGCCGGCGCACAUUGCCUCUCGUUCCCCUCGGCAACGACGCGUUUGUUCUUCUCGUAUCCUCGUUGAAGCUCGACAUUCGUUGCCGCGAGCUGGAAAGCAUUGCUUUUCUACUCCGCUUAAUGCCCGCUCCGCCAUAUAAAACCGAUUCCCCAGAAACACCCAUCGAAGAGGCAAUAAAGUGGCAUGCCGAUUAUUCAGCUGCACACCCGUCGUAUCCAAACUCUGUCAUCCUCAUCGCGCAACGUGCCGCACUCUUCCCCAGGUCCUUCCCGGUCUACCCCGGGCUCAAGGUUUCUGGCCCGUCGAAGGAAAACGUCCAUGCUGAGCUCACCCUCUACGAUCGCGGACAGGGUUUCAUCAAUCCUGCCAGAUUCCUCAGGUCUUGCUCAAGCGAAGAAUACGAGUAUUUUCUGUUCGGCGACCAGUUGGAGGUGAAGCCUGCUGCAUUGGAUGCACAACUUCCGCAAAGGUGGCCUGAACCCACUGACAAUGACUCGGAUGAUGAUACUAGUGAGUGGAGCGAGUGA